AUGGCCGAUCAACUCACCGACGACCAGAUCUCCGAGUUUAAGGAAGCCUUCAGUUUGUUCGAUAAGGACGGCGAUGGUUCGCGCUCUCUUAUGCUUUCAGUGUUUGAUUGUAUUUUGAAGAUUGCGGUUUUCGUUGAUCGGUCGCUAAUUAGGAAAUUACAAGAUUCUGAUUGUUGCAUCACAACUAAGGAGCUUGGAACUGUUAUGCGUUCAUUGGGACAAAACCCAACUGAGGCAGAGCUCCAGGACAUGAUCAACGAAGUGGAUGCUGAUGGGAAUGGUACCAUUGACUUCCCUGAGUUUUUAAACCUCAUGGCUAAGAAGAUGAAGGACACUGAUUCUGAGGAGGAGCUAAAAGAGGCAUUCAGGGUUUUCGACAAGGAUCAAAAUGGUUUCAUCUCUGCUGCUGAGCUCCGCCAUGUGAUGACAAACCUUGGAGAGAAGCUCACUGAUGAAGAGGUUGAUGAGAUGAUUCGUGAGGCUGAUGUUGAUGGUGAUGGCCAAAUAAACUACGAGGAGUUCGUUAAGGUGAUGAUGGCCAAGUGA